AUGUGCAAACACAGAUUGUACUUUGGAGUGAUGGCCCAGAGUGCGUCUGUCAGGAUGUCUGAGAAAUUUGGAAUGGCACUCAUUUCUGUGCCUCUGUUGUAUUUUCUGCUUUUGAAUAUUCCGCUGGGCUCUGGAGCACCUGCUCCACCUGCGGGUGCAGUGUUUCUCUCUGGCCAGUCAGCUGACAGCAUUUUGAGCAGACACAAACGUUAUAACACCGGUAUGUUUGAGGAGUUUUUACAGGGAAACCAGGAGAGAGAGUGUAUGGAGGAAGUAUGCAAUAUGGAAGAGGCUAGAGAGAUAUUUGAGGAUGAUGAAAGGACAAUGGAAUUUUGGGUUGGAUAUAUAGAUGGUAAUCAGUGUAAGUCAAGCCCGUGUCUGAACCAGGGGUCAUGCAAAGACCACCUCGACUACUACACCUGCACAUGUACAUCUGGCUUCACUGGGAGGAACUGUGAGAUCGUUGUAGCAAAAAGAUGUGACGUGAACAAUGGGCACUGUAUGCACUUCUGUGACUCACUGGGAAGCUUCGGAGCAAAAUGCUCCUGUGCGAUAGGAUACAGACUGAUGCGGGAUGGUGUCAGCUGCGAAGCAGAAGUUGAAUUCCCAUGUGGCAAAACUGCCCUGACUGGAGGAAGUGCAUAUAAAAGAUAUCUGUUCCACUAUGAAAAUGCAAGCACCACUUCACUGACCAACGUGACCACUACUGCAUACCCUCCCUCAACUCCAGACUCUGCCACAGUGUCUUUGUCGGCCAGAACUAACACUCGAAAGAAACUGCCCCUGUGGGUAUACAAUGACACAGAGGCCCCCACUCAGAAGCCACAUAGGCCAUUUAAACGUAUUGUUGGUGGUGAAGCGGUCACUCGAGGAGAGAUCCCAUGGCAGGCAGCCUUGGUAGCACGUCCCAGUGGUCAUUUAUUCUGCGGGGGAUCCAUUCUCAGCGUACGCUGGGUCAUCACUGCUGCCCAUUGCCUGAUAGAGGCACAAAGCUCCUUUUUCGUCAGAGUGGGGGAGCAUAACAUCUACAUCAAGGAAGGCACAGAGCAGGAUCAUGAUGUGGAGGAGAAAUACAUACACCCACGCUACAAUGCCACUCUAAGCUUAUACAAUCAUGACAUUGCCCUGCUCCAUCUCAAAAGCUCCAUCACCUUGUCCACGGCAGUGCGACCCAUCUGCAUAGGGCCCAUGACUUUCACUGAGGCCUUAGUGAAGGACUCCUCCCCGGCUACAGUCAGCGGCUGGGGCAGAACACGCUUCCUUGGAGCCACGGCUAACACGCUGCAAAAAAUCAAUGUUCCUUUCACAGAUCGCACAGCGUGUAAGCAGAGCAGCAAUCAAAAGAUCACUUCUGUCAUGUUUUGCGCAGGAUACUAUAAUGAGGCCAAAGAUGCCUGUCAGGGUGACAGUGGAGGCCCUCACACAAACAUUAUUCAUGACACAUGGUUCCUGACAGGUAUUGUAAGUUGGGGGGAAGAAUGUGCAAAACAAGGGAAAUUUGGUGUGUACACCCGGGUGUCUCUUUAUUACAGCUGGAUAAAUCAUGUUAUGGGGAUAACGAAACACAGGAUAGCGUCUGAUUACGAAAACCCUGACCCAUAAAGAAAAAAAAUGCAUUGAAUAUCACACACGGUUCAUGUUGAAAAACUGCUUUUCAACAGUAAGAAUUUGGCAUGAAUAUGAGUACAGCUUUUGUAGAUGAUGUUGUGAAGACAUAUGUUUAAAAAAGGUGAAAAAUAUUAGACUACAAAAAUUAGGGUGUCAAAGUUAACAGAAACAAGAUAUGCUGUAAAGAUGCAUGCAUAAAAGGAGGAUAUAUCGGUAUGUUUAAAUAGUGUUGAGAUUUGUGAUUUACUAUGCCCUUUCAUAUUGCUAUGUAAAUAUAAAUAAGAAAAUACCAGAUUUAGGUCAUAGAUACAAUGCACUGCCUGCACAAUUACAUCAGAACAUGACUUGUACGUUAUGUUAAUGUAGUUGAUAAGAAAAACAUUAAAAAGAAAGAACAUUUGCAAAGCAAAACAUGUAAUUAAAUUUGACCAAAAGCUCAACAAAAACAGAAAAUUCUGCACUUUUAUUAUUUAAGCCAGCUCCUACUGAAACGAGAGAGAAAUAAUAGAUUAAAUCAGGGUGUAUGACAAAGACUAGGCUUAAUUAUUCCACCAUAUAGCCAUGUCAAUAUCAUCAUAUUUUAUCACUUUAAAAAAACAUAUUAUUGCAGUAAAUACCUUUGCAUUUGGCUAUCUUUACAGAAGCAAAGCUGUACAAAAGAUGCCAGUGUAGAGCAGUGACUAAUAAUACAAACCAGCUCAUUUUUUGGUUGCCAUGCAUUUUUAUCAAAAGAAAUGUGUAGCAACAAGCAUAGGGUAUAUGGCUCAUCAAAAGACGUAAUAUCUCAAGCAUUAUUUUUACUUUCCAAGCUGGAAAUCUGUGCAAAUUCUGCAGCAUUUUGGAUUGAAAUGACAAAAAAAAAAGAAAUUAUUUUCUUGUAUAAGCUAACAGAGGAAAUAAAGGGUCUGUUGUACUAGAAUCAAGCAUAGCUCCUGUAAAAAUAUGGAGAUGUAGUUUUAUUUGGGACUUGACAGUAAAAUAAAUAAAUUAACAACAUAGGAAAUGUUGCGCAGUGGCCCAUGCUGCUUUCUAGAUUCAUUUCCAUAUCAAAUGCAGUGUAUCAAAGCCAGCCCUCCGACUGGGGGCUCGAUUUGAUGUGGUAAAUUCAUAUAAGUCUGCAAUCAAUAUUUAAUUAAGUGUUCAAUACAGAGGGUAUAUUUCAUGUUGGCUGUAUGAUCUCUUUUAAUGGGGAAACCAAGAUUAAC